CACAGAUUUUCUGAAAAUUUCAUGUAAUUACGUUAUGAGGGGAUAUAUGGGAUGCAUAAAUCAGAAUUCCACUGGCAUGUGAUGAAUUUCGAUUUUCGAUCGUCAUUAUAAUCACUAGGUGAUGUGACAGAUGUUUUGUUUUAUGUGGAUGUUGUUUUGUUUUUCGACACACACAAGUUAUCAAGUAACGAAGCAACAAUAGCAAAAUUUCAAAUAGAAUAAAAUAAAAUAAACCCGAUAAAGUUGUUUAAAUGCAAUGGGAUAAGUUACUCGUCGCAAGUAACUACUAGGAUUAUUUAAAGAAUAUGACUUUUUAAAAAAUAAAACACAAAGAAAUUAUAUUUUAGAAGGUUAAACAGGUUAUUGCAACGUUCAUACUUUUCCCAAGACCAUCAACAACGUAGACUUAAUUCAACAGGAAUCGAAACCAAUUUUCGGACACAGUUCGUUGUGUACUGGCCUGAGUUUGAUACCACAACAGUAUUUACUACAAUAUAAAACGUACAGAUAGGUAAACAGGAAAUAAACGUAAAAGAAACCAAAGGGUUCCAGAUGUAUUAAGUCUGUGCAUAAAUAUAUUCACUCACUCAACUACUUCGGUUAAGAAGGAAACAGACAUCCUCUUGCACUUUUAGAGAAUUUAGGCCUCUUACAUCGUCAAUGUAUUAUCAAAGAUUGAUGUUUUAUCGUUUAAAAAAUCCUGGAAUAAAUUUUAGUGCAUAUUAACGAUUUUAAACAAUUUAUAAAAAUCCAUAUUUCCAUUUUUCUUAUUUUCUUUCGUUUGCUUUCCAUUGACUACAGAAGCAAAUAAAAAUUGAAUUGUUUAUAAUUUGUUUAUGACUUAAGGGGUGUUAAUUAGCGGAUGACCUUCCAGUCCACACGUGUUUUUCUUGUUGACAAUAUGAACUGUUUGGUUUCUAAGUUUAAGCCCGUCAUUCCUUCUAAAUGGCACCACCUUACAUUACUAUGUCCAGCUCAAAGAAGUAGAAGUAUCCUGGUGAAUAGCAUGAUUUCUACCUGGCGUUCAAAUUCCAAUUCUGAUUGGAAGAAAGCUGUGUCUGAAGCUGAAAAGGUGGUUGGAUACCCUACCUCGUUUUUAAGUCUCAGGUACCUUCUGAGCGAUGAACUGUCUAAUGUUGCCCUUCAGAUGAGAAAAUUAGUCGGAACUCGUCACCCGUUGUUAAAGACAGCCAAAGGUCUACUGCAUGAUAGCAAGCAGAAUCUACAAACAUGUGGUCUUAUUAUUCUUCUAAUUGCUAAAGCUGCUGGCUCUUGUCCUAAUUCCACUCUUGAUGACACCAGGGUUGGUGGAAUUUACCCAAACCAGCGCUGUCUUGCUGAGUUAACUGAAAUGAUUCAUACAGCUACUCUUAUUCAUAAAGGAGUUUUAAAUCUGAAGACAGUUGACAAAAGUGAGAAACGCAAUUUAGACUUUGGUAACAAAAUGGCCAUUUUGAGUGGUGACUUUCUUUUGGCUUCUGCAUGUUCUGCACUUGCUAAAUUAAACAACACAAAAGUUGUAGAAAUUAUAUCAGAAUCAAUUAAAAAAAUCAUGGAGUCCCAGUUUACCAGUUUCAUUGAUUCUGAUGGUAAUGGACUUUUGAAAGAGACAAUUACAUUUAGUGACUGGCGCAACCAAGCUUACCUUUCUUAUGGUAAUUUGCUUGGAUAUAGCUGUCAGGCUGUCACACUUCUUGCUGGACAUGGAAUUACUGUACAAGAAAAUGCUUACAAAUUUGGCAUCAACCUUGCAUUUGCACACCAAUUGAACUUAGACAUGCAGCCUUUCAUUGAUUCAAGUGAAGUCUCAUCUACACAAAUAAGUGCAACUGCAGCUCCAGUUGUGAACUUGAUUGAAAGAAAUGGUUCCACACUGAUGAAUCAUCUACACUCUGCAUUUGAAGUGCCAACUGACAAUGCAAAGGUAUUGGUCAACCUGAAACUUUAGCAAAAGAGACAUACUAAAGAUGCUGCAUAGCAGGAUUGAACUUGCAACCAUAUGGUUGCAAAGAGAUUGUCUUAACCUCACAGCCACAACAAAAACUUGUGUUAUUCAGUUGAAAAAUAAUAGAAUGGCUUUGUGAUACGAAGGGGACAUCAGGCAAGCUAGAAAAAUCACUGACUUCUGGAACCAAUGAAAAUGUCCAAAUGGAAAUAUAUUGUAUAAUGUCAAAGUUUAAAAAAUAUAUAUCAUUCAAAUGUCAUAAAGAUCAAUAAAUUUCUAUCAAAAAGAUUCAUUGGUGAUUCAUA